UUGUAUUUUAGCCAGACGAUAUGGUUGUCGACCGCUCCUUCGGAGCCGCUGACGCACUGGUACCAAGUUCGAUGCCUGAUUGACUACCCGUUGCUGGGACAGCUCGGAAGUAAAUGCUCAGGAAGACUGGUGUUGUCGGCAAACGCGCGCCAGAGCUACGACGUAGAACUGGAGAUGACGUGCAACGGUCAGACAGGCCGCAAUCUUUUGGAUCUGAAAAAUCCAUGCUUUCGUUACACUGGUCAACCCAUACAGCCACCACCGGGACACCUAACCACUUCGCCAAGCGAUUCCAGUUACUGGAAUGCGCCUCAUUCGCACUCCGUUGGCGACGAUGCACUGUCACUGAGUAACAGUAAUGUGAGUCCCUAUAACAUGGUGAAUGGCACGUUAGGUGAUAAUAUUCCGGACCUGUCUACUCUACAGUCGAUGCAGAACGGCUCGAACGGUCUAUCUCCUGCUGGAAACGUUUUUGGCCUAGCCACUGCCACUCAUGGUAUUGACGCCAUCGAAAAUCAUACCGGCUCGGACGUCGCCUGGGUUACCACGGACCGCGCAGGCUGUUGGGGGACUGAGGCAGACUGCGAAAAGUCGGCGAUCAGAAUCUGCUCAUUGUCCUCUGCCAGCCGAGGGCGUAGCAGCACAACGACGGCUUACGACGACCGACGCAACGACGGCGAAGAUACCAGUCAGCAAGGAGUCGCUACCCGUUCUGAACGGAGGAGGCAGACAGUGCGAUGCCAUUAUGGGACAUCCGAAAAUCUUCAACCAGAACGACACCGGUAG